AUGCCUCCCCACUUAUAUCCGUCAGACGUUCUUCUCGCUUUUUCAUUAUUUUCUCUUUCUCUUCUUUUGCAGAUACUCUUUUUCUUUUCAUUAUAUUUAAUCCUUCUUUUUCUAGCAUACGUUCUUCUCUCUCUCUUUUUUCAUUACACUCUUUCUCUUUUCCUCAUUCUUUCUUUCAGAUUUCCUUCUCUCUUUUUUUCCUUUCUCUCUUUUCCAUAUUCCUUCUCUUCUUCUCUCAUUUUCACAUAUUCCUCUCUCUCUUUUCCUCAUUCUUACACUCUUUUCCUCAUUUACACUCUUUUUUCCUUCUCUCUCUUUUCCUCAUUCUUACUCUCUUUCACAUAUUCCUUCUCUCUCUUUUCCUCAUUCUUACACUCUUUCACAUAUUCCUUCUCUCUCUUUUCCUCAUUCUUACUCUCUUUCACAUAUUCCUUCUCUCUCUUUUCCUCAUUCUUUUCUUUUACUCUUUUCCUUUUCUUCCUUCUCUCUCUUUUCCUCAUUCUUACUCUCUUUUCACAUUCUCCCCUCUCUUUCCAUAUUCCUUCUCUCUUUUCCUCAUUCUUACACUCUUUCACAUAUUCCUUCUCUCUUUUCCUCAUUCUUUCAUUUUCUCUUUCAUAUUCCUUUCUCUCUUUUUCCUCAUUCUUACUCUCUUUCACAUAUUCCAUUCUUCUCUCAUAUUCCUUCUCUCUUUUCCUCAUUCUUACUCUUCUUUCAUAUUCCUUCUCUCUUUUCCUCAUUCUUACACAUAUUCCUUCUCUCUCUUUUCCUCAUUCUUGUCUCUUUUUCCUCAUUCUUUUCCUCAUUCUUCUUUCCCAUAUUCCUUCUCUCUCUUUUCCUCAUUCUUACACUCUUUCACAUAUUCCUUCUCUCUCUUUUCCUCAUUCUUUCCUUUCAUAUUCCUUCUCUCUCUUUUCUUACAUUCUUUUUCACAUAUUCCUUCUCUCUCUUUUCCUCAUUCUUUCACAUAUUCCUUCUCUCUCUCUCUCUUUUCCUCAUUCUUCCUCACUCUUUCACAUAUUCCUUCUCUCUUUUUAUCUUUCCAUAUUCCUCUCUCUUUCCUCAUCUUUUUAUUCCUUCUCUCUCUUUUCCUCAUUUUACACUUUCACAUAUUUCUCUCUUUUCCUCAUUCUUACCUCUUUACAUAUUCCUUUUCUCUUUUUCCUCAUUCUUAUCUCUCUUCUCAUUUUUAUUCUAUUCCUUCUCUCAUUCUUUUUCAAUUCUUUUCUUUCUCCUUUCUUUCUCCUCUCUUCAGAGUGUAUUCGUUUCUUUCUUCUAUUCACAGCUUCUCUAAUUCAUCUCUCUUACUUUCACUUCAUUCUUUCUUAUUUUUUUUCAAAUUCCUUCUUUCUCUUUUUCCUUAUUCUCUCUUUCACAUAUUGCUUCUCCUCUCUCUUUAAUUCUCUUUUCCCUUCAUUUUUCUGCAUUUUUCUUUUCCAUUUGCAUUCUUUUUAA